GAUCAAUUGAUGACAGUUUAUUAGGGUUUACCAGAAUAAUCACCUUCUAGCUUCCUUGCUUCUUACUGAAGUUAGUUUGUACUCUAGCUCCAUUAAGUCCAUCCAGUUCGCUGGAUAUGCCAGUUGUACUCAGAAUUUGAACAUCAUGUAGAAAAUAAUCUCUUGAGGUUUAGGUUUUAUCAGCAUGAACAAACUUCCUAAAGUUGGAUUAAACAUCUUAUUGUUUCUUCAGGUGAACGGAAACAGUUCCUUAGCGAGUCUUGCUGGAGCCUUGCUGGUAUCCAUUUCAGAAAUCAUGGACUCUGUAGCAUGCAUAAAAGUAGAACAGGAAAAGUUCAUGGAUAUUGGGUGCUACUUUUACAGAAUUUCUCCAGUCAUAAUGGAGUUGCAGACAACAGAGAAUACCCCCAAAAAUGCCAAAGAGAUUCUUACCUCUCUAUCCCAAAGCAUUAAUAUGGCAAAAGAAUAUGUGGAAAGUUGCCAGCCUGUCUCGGAUGUGGAACUGAGAAGCAUAACAGCACAGGUGGAGAGGGCUGUCAAAGACAUGGGUGAAUGCCUGUGCUUGAUUCCAUCAUCUACAUUCGAGGGUGAGGAAUAUGUAGAAAUUGCAGUCCAGUCUCUUUCAGAAGAGAUGCAGAAUUUUCACUUUGAAGUCAGGCAACCUCAACAGCUGGAAUCCCAGAUGAUUUCUGCUGUGGAGCAGCCGAAGAAAGAAUUCACGAAGACAGAAUCAGAUCUUUACUCUAUCACUGUUGAAGUAUCCACAGAUAAUUCUCAGGUUUUGAGUAUGCCUAUUGAAAUCCUGAAAAGAACAAGCCAAAACAGCCAGAGAAAAUCUGGGAACGCAAGAAGAUACCUGACAGAAUUGUCACAGGUUGCUCAGUACCUUGAGCCUCUGUAUGAGACUUUCUUCUGUCCUUUAACAAAGGAGAUCAUGGAUGAUCCAGUAACCAUAGAAACUGGAAUAACAUAUGAGAGGCAGGCAAUUAUAGAGUGGUUUGAAUUAUCUGAAAGUCCAGAUAACAUCUGUUGCCCCAUCACAGGGAAGAAGCUGACAAGCAGAGUUCUAAGCACCAAUGUAGCUCUGAAGACUACAAUAGAUGAAUGGAAAGAGAGGAAUGAGGCUGCAAGGAUCAAGGUAGCCCGUGCUGCUUUGUCCUUAGCCAGUUCAGAUAGUAUGGUGAAAGAAGCAUUGAGAGAUCUGCAUCGCAUCUGCCAAGCUAAACCAUUCAAUAAGAUCCAAGUCUGCGAUGCUGGAGUGUUACCUUUACUUGGAAAGUUCCUGGAAUAUAAAGACGGAAGUAUUAGAUGUGCAACUCUGGAACUAUUGAGGCAACUGGCAGAGGAAGAUGAAGCACAGGUUUGAUACUCCCUUUUUAAUUUCCUGGCCUCUCUUUUUUCUAGUUGAAAAAUAACAAAGAACAUUUUCA